AUGUCGCAAAUCCACGCCAUGUCCGACGACCAGGUCGCCUCGGAGCUGCGCAAGAUGACUGCCUUCAUCCGUCAAGAAGCCCUGGAAAAGGCCCGCGAGAUCCACCUCAAGGCCGACGAGGAGUUUGCCAUUGAAAAGUCCCAGCUCGUCCGCAACGAGACCCAGUCCAUCGACUCGCAGUACGACAAGAAGUUCAAGCAGGCCGCCAUGUCCCAACAAAUCACAAAGUCCACCCUCUCCAACAAGACAAGACUGCGCCUCUUGAGCGCCCGCCAGGAGCUGCUCGACGACCUCUUUGACCAGGCCAACAACAAGCUUGCCGACAUCACCACCGAUGCCGACAAGUACCAGGAUAUUCUCAAGAACCUUAUUCUCGAGGGUCUCUACGCCCUGAACGAGUCCAAGAUCACCCUCCGCUGCAGGUCAAAGGAUGAUGAUGUUGUUCGCAAGGCUGCCGACGCUGCUCAGGCAGAGUACAAGGACAAGAUGAGCGGUCGCGACCUUGAAAUCUCCAUUGACGAAAAGGACAAGCUGCCCGAAGAGACAUCCGGUGGUGUCAUUGUUGUCAACUCGACCGGCAGAAUCGACAUCAACAACACUUUCGAGGAGCGUCUUCGUCUGCUCCAGUCCGAGGCUCUUCCUAGCGUGCGAGCCACUCUUUUCGGCGAGAACAAGAACAGAAAGUUCAAGGAUUAA